AUGACGAUUCCCGCCGAUAUCCUUGUUGCAUCUGCAGCAGGAAGAAUUCCAAGCAAUGUCUCGCUAGAAUACCUCGCCCAGUCCCGCGAUCACUCGGCCAUUGUGGGAAUAAUUUUCAUGAUCUGCUUCACAGGCAUUUUGAUGAUCCUACGUCUAUACGCACGAGCUUUCAUCGUCAAGAAAAUCGGUCUGGACGAUGCAUUGGCCAUCUUGACAUUUAUUUUCUAUAUCAUAAUUGUCGUCCUCUCAAUCGUCCUCAUCAACUUAGGAAGUGGCCGACACAUUGAAUACAUCCAAUAUGUCCUGUCUAUGCCAACAGUGCGCCAAACCGAAGUUCUCGACUUCGUCGCCCACGUCCUAUACACAACAGCCCUUUUCCUAUGUCGUCUCUCCGGUCUAGCAUUCUAUUACCGCCUCACUGCCCGCUCAACAAAACUACACAUGAGCAUCAUCAUCGCUGCACCGCUCCUCUUCGCCGCUUACCUACCCCAACUCUUCCUUUUGAUCUUCCACUGCAGACCGGUAACAGGUCUCUGGCCGUACGAAUGGCAAACAGAACCUAGGACCUAUAACUGCCUCAGCUGGGGCUUGGUCUACUCCGUGAACUCAGGUCUCUCCCUUGCAUGCGACAUCCUCAUGUUCGCCAUCCCAGCAUUCCUCAUCAAGGGACUCCACGUCUCAUUAAAGAAGAAGAUCAAACUCUCUAUCGUCAUGUUCCCCGGUGUCUUCGUAAUUGUCAUCUCCGCAGUCCGCGUCUGGCUAGUAGCAAUAGGUCAAUGGGCAUCCGACGGCAGCUGGGCCUACAAUCCGAUGCUGUGCAUCGAAAACGCCGAAAUAGCAGGAACCCUAAUCGCCCUUUCGGUGCCAGCUCUGAAACCAGUCUUCGGCAACCUCUUCGCCCACCUUACCGAAUACACAUCCAGCCACACCCGCUCGCGGUCGACCAAAUUGCACAGUCAUUCGAAGCCGCUUAGUGGUGCUACGUCUAGUAACCGCGAUAACAAGCGGCUCAUCAAUUGGUCGAAGCUUGGUGGUGAUGAUUAUGAGAUGAUGCCUAGUGAGGUUUCUGUCGGGACUAGGGAUGGGAUUAGGAAUGGGGAUACGGACAGUGUCCGUGCGGCUCAUUUGAAGGGGCCUGGCAUUCGGGUUACUAAUGUUGUUGAUGUUACGAGGGUUGAGAGUCCUGAGGGGUCCAGGGGUGGUUCGGGAUCUUCUAUUGAGGGUGGAAAGAGACCUGGGAGUAGGGCUAGCUAA